AUGGCGCAACCGGCGGCCCGCGAGGCAAACGGCGUGACGACGACGGGCAGCAACGACUCCAACGAAGACCACCUCGCCCUCCCUGGGAAAAGAAAACGCGACGUGGGCGACGAAGGAUCCGCCAGCAUCAAAUCCGAUGACGGUCCAAAGUCUGCCGGCCCGCGCCGCUGGCCCGCAGGCCAUCACAAGGACCUCGUGAAGUCCUAUUUUGACGUUUUGAAGACGCUCGAUGUCGAACCUUCCAUCCUCAAACGCCCCCUGUCCCAAUGCGAAGCGCAAGACGAGCCCGACCUGAAGCGACAGAAGGCCGCGGAGCCGUCGUCGGCCUCAAGCAUCGCCGACAAGCUCGUCGCGGACGCGUACGCGAGCAUGGAAGACAUGGCAAACGACGUCCUCUCCGCCGUCAAGGCUGCCCUUUCCGAGCUGGAUAGGAAGUCGCCCGACGACGUCGACAAGGCGACCAUCUCCAAGGCUGCCAAUCGAAUCCGCGAGUUCAAGAUCAAGGCGAUCGAGCUGCUAGACCGUGAAAAGUCGUACCCGAACCCCGUGACGCGAACGGCCGUGGGCGAUGCCGAUGCGGAAUCCCCACCAAACGACGACGAAGCGGUAUUGUCCGUUCAACUUGCCUCCCGGCGUGUCCUUCUCUCACGUCGUGCCGUCGAGCACGCAGGAGAUGACCACCCAAACGCUCGGCGAGCUGUUCGCGGCGCCGCGACCUCUGCCGCCCCUGCAGCCGCCGAAGCAGCCCAAGACGCAGGCCAAGGGAAACAUGCUGGACUUUUACCACCCAGAGCUCACCGACACGUCCAAGUACCGAACGAACUGCUACUACACGACGAAGCUCGCGGCAGGCCACUAUCUCGACUACAGCAACGCCACGCCCUCGUCGAGUACUACGGCGACGUCGAGGAGCUCGACGUCUCGGCCCGAGGCGCGCACGCCGCCGGAGAGGCACGAGAGGGAAGUGGACGAAAUCCUCGACGAGGUCAGCGACAUGCUCAAGACGCUCUCCUCCUACCAGAGGAUCCGCAACCUCACGCUGCCGAACUCGCAAAACCGCCAGUCCAGCGACCCCGUCACCGGGGACAUGCUGGCCACGGCCGGCCCCCAGCCGUCGGAGGAGGAGCAGGCCGCGUACGAGGUGCUCAAGAGCCAGCUGGCCCUCAUCGUCAAGACGCUACCGCCUUACGCCGUGGCCAAGCUCAACGGCGACCAGCUCGACGACCUGCUGAUCAGCACCAAGGUCCAGGUCCACACGGAUCAGUACCGGGGCGUCAUGGAGGAAGACGAGGCCGGCGUCCAGGCCCGCCUGCGAGCCCAGCAGCAGGCUCAGCAGCAGGCCCAGCAGCAGGCCCAGCAGCAGGCCCAGCAGCAGGCGGCCCAGAAGCAGCAGGCGGCCCAGACCAACAGCCGGGCUGCCGCGCAGCGGACCCCGAGCGUCUCGACGCCGUACGGUACCCAGUAUCAGGGGCCGAACCAGUACGCAACACCGACCCGGGCGCCCUCGCACAACCAGCAGUUCUAUCGGCCUGCCCCCACGCCAAACUACCAGCAGCAGCCGCGGAACCUGGCUGCGCCCCCCUCGGCUCACCAACCUCGACCUCCUCAACCGAACCAGUACACGCGCGCGGCCGGCUAUCCGAACCAAUACGCGACCCAGCUUGCGAAGGCGCAGACGCCCUAUGGGCAUCAGAACAUGCCUCAGUACGCGAACCAGCCUCGGACGCAGUUUGCCCAGAUCCAGGCCCAACCCCAGCACCCGCAGCAUCCUCAGCAGCACCCUCAGCAGCACCCUCAGCAGCACCCUCAGCAGCACCCUCAGCAGCACCCUCAGCAGCACCCUCAGCAGCACCCUCAGCAACAUCCCCAGCAGCAUCCCCAGCAGCUCCCCCAGCAGCUCCCCCAGCAGCAUCUGCAGCAUCACCAACCGCCGCAAGGCACCCCCAACGCCCGCUAUUCCGCCUUCCCGCAGGCGUCCAGCUGCAACGCCCUCCGUAUAGCCCAUCGCCGAACAUGCAACAGCAGGCUCAACGAUACGCCCCGCCGAACCCCGGCGGCAAUGCGUUGAUGAACAGGCACCCCAGCGUCGGCGCCAUGCCGGCCGGCCUACCCCAAUCCCCGGGCUUGACGGGCUAUCACACGGUGAUACCCGAGGCCCAGCAGCAGCGGAUUCUGGAUCAGGCCAAGGCACGCGUCGCCGCCCAAGAAAGGUCCAGCAUGUUCACGGAGAAGAUGGGUCAGUCGGCGCCCGGAGGCAUGGGGUACGGCUCGGGAGAUAGGCUCACCGGCGGGCGCGCAAAUCAGGGGAUGCAGCCAAAGCCCCCCACCCCCCUCGGCGGACAGCGGCAAGGGGCUAACGGCUCGCCGGGGCCAGGACCCGCCGCCGGAUACCUGCCACCGCAGAAGGUGACGCCGGUCCCCGUGCCCGCGAUUCCGGGCGCGCAACAGCCGGUGCAGGCGCAAGAGCAGCAGCCGCAGCAGCAGCCGCAAAAGCCGCCCGAGAUGUAG